UACAGAUUAGUCCAGCCCUUCCCUUCUCUCCUCUUCUCUUCUCUUUUUUUUUCUUCUUAUUUUUGUCAUGUAAAUUUAUACACACUAUUUCCACAAAUAUAUAUUAAAAAAAAACAAAAAGUUUCAAUUUGGCACACUAAACAAACAUUCAGUGUUCAAAUAAGUGCAAAGUCAAACUUUGACAGUGAUUUCAGAUGGACAGCGCUCAGCAAAAUGGCCUUCCUCACCACAGGCAGAAUUAUCUGACAGUCGUCCUGGACGAAGCACAGCUGGACGUCCUUGGGCAGCGGGUGGGAAAGCGGUCCCUGUCAUUUUUGGAGAGAGCCAAGGCACAGUGUUGGUGUUCUGGUCCCAGAGUAAAGAGCCUCCUGCUGCAGUUUUUCCCUAUCCUGUCAUGGCUUCCUCACUACUCCAUCAGAGAAAACGCUCUUGGAGAUCUGAUCUCUGGGCUCAGUGUUGGGAUUAUCCAGUUGCCACAAGGUAUGGCCAAUGCUAUGUUGGUAGGAGUUCCUCCAGUGUUUGGUCUGUACACGUCUUUCUAUCCUCUGAUCAUCUACUUCAUCUUCGGCACUUCAAAACACCUCUCCAUUGGUACUUUUGCCGUCCUGGCCAUCAUGAUUGGGUCUGUGACAGCCAACGUGGAGUUGCUUAGCAACGGUGAUGAAGGGAGUCAGAAUGGUUUGGAAGCAGCUAAAGUGAACGUGGCAGUGCAGCUCACCUGCCUUUGUGGCCUCAUACAGCUCCUGCUAUACGUGCUGCUGGGAGGUGGUGUGUGUCGCUGGCUGUCCGAUCCUGUAAUCAGAGGCUACACCACAGCGGCAGCUCUUCACGUGAUCGUCCUGCAGCUUCCACUGAUGACUGGAAUACCUGCACAGAGAUAUAGUGGACUGCUGGCUUCAGCUUGGACUUUAAAGGACGUUGUGUUUGGAGUGACCAGUGUUGUACCGGGAACUCUGUCAGUGUCCUCGGUCUCUCUGGUGAUACUCAUCGGGGGCAAGAUGCUGAAUGAGCGCUUUAAGAACAAGAUGCCUGUCGUCAUACCGUGGGAGCUCAUACUGAUCGUCCUGGGCACCGUCCUGUCGGUGCAGAUGGAGCUGGCUGGAUUGCACCGAGUCCAAGUGGUGGGACACAUACCCAGUGGCUUGUCUCCCCCGGUCCUUCCCUCUCUUUCUCAGUUCAGAGAGCUGCUCAUCCCAGCUCUGUCCACAGCUUUGGUUGGCUUCAGUUUCCUCUCAGCCAUGGGCUCAAUGUUCGCCCAGAAACAUGGCUACCGGGUGGACCCCAGUCAGGACCUGCUGGCUCUGGGUUUGUGUAACACCAUAGGAGGAAUGUUCCAGUGUUUUGCCGUCAGCUGCUCCUUUUCUCGUAGCAUGGUCCAGGACGGUAUUGGUGUCAAAUCACAGAUGGCAGGUUUAGUGUCAGCUCUGAUGAUCCUGACCAUCUUGUUGGAGAUCGGUCAUCUCUUUGAGCAGCUGCCAAAGGCCGUGCUGGCAGUCAUCAUCGUGGUGAACCUGCAGGGGAUGUUGGCUCAGGUCAAAGAUGUGUGUCUGCUCUGGAAGUCUGACAGGUUAGACCUGCUGGUGUGGGUGGCCUCACUGAUUUCCACUCUGAUCUUUAACCUGGAUCUUGGCCUGGCCGUGGCCGUCAUCUUCUCACUGCUCACACUCAUCUACAGGACGCAACACUCCUCCACUGUUGUUUUGGGUCGUAUUCCUGGUACGGACUGUUACAGAGAUGUAGGACUCUUCCUUGAGGCUAAGCCAAUCCCUGGGGUGACUAUACUCUCAUGUUCCAGCCCAGUUUACUUUGCCAACUCUGACCUGGUGUUCACAAAGAUGAGACAGACUGUGACUCACUGCCAGAACGAAAACCCAGUUGGACUCCAUGCCGCUGCUGCUUCUUCCCUUUCUCCCCCUUCAACCCAGACACACACUCAUUGCUUGGUCCUGGAUCUCAGCUCAGUUACGUUCGUGGACUCUGUGGCCAUGUCGGCACUUUGCAAGGUUGUGGAAGACUUGGACGUCCAGGGUGUCCGUGUAUUUCUGGCGGCGUGCCCAGAGAGAGUUUUAUCCCAGCUCCAGAGAUGCACACCAGACAGCCUCCCCAGCUCCUGCUUCUUCCCAUCUGUCCAUCACGCCGUCCAGCACUGUCUCAGCACCCUGCCCAGGGCUCUGGAGGAAAUCAGUUUGGACGCAAGCGACUGUUGAAGCUACGACGGGACGUCUGCGUUUGAAUGUAAAUUGCAGGAAAGCAAACUCGGUAGGAAGCGAACCCCUGAGGUGAACCGAGAAAUCACAGCUUCAUUUUUUUUUUUAAAUUAUUUUGUAGAAAGAAAGAAAGCCAUUAACACGUUUCAUGGUGUGCGAGUGUGUGUUCCCGACUGUAGUUUUUUUUUCUCUCUCACACAUUUCAACACAAUAAAUGUAAUUGUUCUUCAGUUUGCACCAUUGUCGACUGUUCUCUCAUGAAGUAUUUCAGAUAGGAUUCAGAACAUAACUGAGCAGAGAAUAGUUUUUGCCUGCUCAGUGCACGUCUGCUGCAACACCACAGCGACUGAUCUUACAUGUCCCAGUUAUUCUGAACAUUUUUCAGGAAAUCCAUGGUUCCAGUUACUUUAAAUGAAAGAUAUUGAAGGUAUUCCUGUGACUGUCCAUCAUCCAGGUCAUAAUAUUAUUUUCAGACCAGCUGAAACAAGAGAAAUUGGACUUUGAACUUUCCUGAAGACGUUUAAUCCGAGUAGCUUCUUCUGUUCUAAAAGACUGGUGUUGAGUUGGGGAUAAAUCACGUUGUGGAAACAAAACCUUCCAUUCAAAAACUCAUGGUUCAACACAGGAGAGCCAGCUGUUCAGGAUUUGCCUGUCCACCUACACAAGAAGGACAAAGGACACUCCUUUGAGGGGAACAACGUAGUCACUUUAUCCAGAGAAGACAGAUGCUUUGAAAGCGGAGUAAAGGAAGUCAUCUUUGCCAAAAACAAAAAA